AUGGUGCACACCAGGCGGGCGGCGGCGGCGCGGCGCCGGGAGCAGGGGACGCGGGCGGGCGGCGGCGGCAGCGGCAGCAGCCCCGGCGAUCCCGAUGCCGAUCCCGGCGGUGCGGCGGAGGUGGGAUCUGCUGAAAUUAGUACUCCUGUUACUAGGAGGAUGACUAGAAGAGCUAAAUCAGCUCAUAAGCCAGAGGUGAUUCAGGAAUGUCAGCUUGAAGAGUUUGAACAUGCAGAAAAGAAAUCAGAUGUCAGUGAUAGCUCAGAGAUGCAGAUCACUAGGAAUGAGAACACAACUGUUCAGUCCGCACAAUCAGUUGCUGAGCCACAAGUUGAUGGUGAUGUGUCAGAAGCAGAAUCAAACUGCUCUUCUGUGUCUGGUCUCCAGACACCUUUGCUUGUAAGAAUAACACGAAGGCGACAGAUUGUAAUUCCUUAUCAGCCAGAUUCUGCUGACAAAAAAAGACAUGACAAUGCAGGUUUUGUAAAUAAGUUAAGUAGGAUUCUGGAUGAAGAUGAUGUCUCUGAAGCUGAGUCUUGUUCCUCUGCUGUUUCUGGUGUUCAGAUGCUUAAUGUUCCCACAAGUACAAGGAGCAGACAAAGUAAAAAGAAAUUGCAGCCACACAGAGUUCGUGAAGCCCAGAGUGAAGAUACUUCUGAUGCAGAAUCAUGUUGCCUAAUUUCUCAUGUGGAACCAUCUGACACUGCCAAACGAAUUACUAGGAGCAUGCAAAUGAAAUCACAAGUAGAAAAUACUAAGCAGACUGAGAAAAAAAAUAGAUUUGUUUCAGAAGAUGAGAAUUUACUUGAGGGUACUAUUAAAUCUGAGCCCAUAAUAAUUUCUGAUUCUAUACCUACUGCAGAACUUAUCAGUGACACAGAAGAUACUUCUACCAUCACUGACAGUAAUAAAGAACCCAUUUCACCUAAAAGCGAAUGUGCUUCCAAAUGUGCUAAUGCAUCCCAGAGUGAAGACACAAAAGAAGGGAUUUCAAAUGAUGUGACAUCCAGUCUUACAAACACGAAACAAAGAGACACUAAAUCAGCUGUGAAUAAAACAAAAAAACAUACACAGUCUGUUGAGAUAGACCAUUCAGAAGCAGUAUGUGGCCAAAUACAAGAUCACAGUAAAAUACUUGCUAGGGAGGGGAAAUUAGAGUGUGUGGCUGUUUCUUUGACUGACUGUAUGAGUCCCAAACAGUUUCUAGAAUCCCCAGGACAAGCAACACCAAAUGAAAGUAAAAACAUUCAUGAAUGCGAAAGAGCAGAUGCUGAGGCAGAUGCACAGCAGUCUUUCUCGUGUGAUGAUAGAUUAAAGAAGAGUCAGCAAACUAGUGCAGUGAGCAGCCCAUCGGAGGACAUGGCUAUUGCACAGACGACUGAAAGCACUGGUAAAAGCAGGAUGCUCAAAAUUGAUGCAGGCAGUGGUGGCAACCAUACAAAAGAAUAUGAGGUAUCCCACAGCAGAGAAAAACCAAGCAGUGAUAAUUGCUCUGUUGCAUUGUUUCUGAGCAGCAGUGACAGUGAUGACUCUGAACAUAGUGAUGUGGCAGACAUAGAUACAGUUGAUGAGAAUCUGCGUUAUAAAAAGUCAGAUGAGAGAACUCCUUCCCUCAAAAAAUCUUUAAAAAGCGAUUCGCUGCAUGUUGAUGGUCUUUUUGCAAUUGAUACUGAGCCUGGCAUGAGUUCCAGCCAAAAGUAUUAUCUGGAUGAUGUAGACCAAGACAGCGAUGCUGAAAGUAAGCAUGAAGGAGGUGAAAAAGAAUCAGACUCGGAAGAGGAUGAAGAGGAAUUGAUGGAUGAAGAGGAAUUGAUAGAUGAAGAUGAAAAAGGUGAAGAUGAUGAUCUGUUGAAAAAUAAGGUUGACAUUUUACGUCUUUCCAGUAGCAUAGACCCUGGUUUGAAUAUCAAGAAGCUUGGAGGUUUAUAUAUCAGUUUUGAUGCAAAAAAUCAGAAACCUAGAUCGAGUGUAAUUGAACCACAGAAGGAGAAGAAGAAGGACCAGCUCUUGCAGAAGAGUAUAAUAACUCCAGACUUUGAAAGAAAGGAAUGUGUCCCACCCUACAGGGAAUCACUUCACCAGCUAAAGAAGCAGCGCAGGGCAGAGCGAGAGAAAACGACAGGUGAUGGCUGGUUUGGUAUGAAAGCCCCAGAAAUCACAAGUGAACUGAAAAAUGAUCUUAAAGUUUUGAAAAUGAGAGCUUCAUUGGACCCUAAGCAUUUCUAUAAGAAGAAUGAUAGAGAUGGUCUCCCCAAGUACUUCCAGGUCGGAACUGUAGUUGAUUCUCCCAUAGACUUUUACCACAGUCGAAUCCCUAAGAAACAGAGGAAGAGAACAAUUGUGGAAGAGUUGCUUGCAGAUUCAGAGUUCAGAAGAUAUAAUAAAAAGAAGUAUCAGGAGAUCAUGAGUGAAAGAGCAGCUUUUGCAGCAGGGAAGAGGAAUCGGAAGAAGAAGAAAUUUCGCAAUUAAGAAUUGAAGAAAAAUACCAAGCUGGAACAACUUAUUGUUAUAAAACUUGCUUACAGAAUGCUUUGGUUGUGAUGUUUUGUUUGGUUUUUUUGGUUUGGGUUUUUUUUUUUUUAAGAUUGCAGAUCACGUGCAAAUUGAGGUUUAGGGAAAUUCUUGCCAUGAGAAUUUACUAGAAAGCUUUAGCAAAUUAUCAGGUGUCUCAAAUUAAUUUAGAUUUUUAAAUUACUUUUAAUUAAUAUUUAUGUAAAGAGAUAAUGAUAUGAAAGCAUAUUGUAAAAUCUGAGUAAAAAAUUCAGCUUCACAGAUUGUGGUCUUCUCAGACUUCAGACUUCACAUCAAUUAAUUAGUAAACUCAGUUUAAAGUUAUGUGUGUAAUUCAUCUGGGCACAUACUGUGUGCCAGAAUAUUUUCCAUGACUUGUUAGAGGUGCUCUUGGGCAAAAUUGUAAUGGAAGGUAUUGAAAAAUUGUUUGGUUGUGAAGGGUUUAUUUCAACACUGACCAUAAUAGUAUAGAAAUAGUAUAGAAAAUGUCCUGGAAUUCAGUGCCUACACAUAUACUUUGAUAUUUAUGUGUAUAUAUAUUAUAAUAUAUAUUAUUUAGACGGUAACAAUUACAUAUUAUUUAAUAAAUAAUAUAAGUAAUACUUAUCUGUAAAGUUUUAACAAUCAUAUUUUGCUUUUAUUAAUUUUUACAAUUUGAUUAUUGGUUAAUGAUAUUUUUGAAAAGAACAUUGGCAUCCAUCAUGCAGGGUGUGGUGUGCAGAUUGUGUCUGUUAGCUGACCCAGAGUAGCUCAAGGUGAGCAAAUAGAGUGAGGCUGGAAGGCCUCUGCCCUUGUAGAGCCAGAGAUGUCCUCAGCUCAGUUCCCCUUCGGUGACGGUUCACUGCCUUUUGUGAUUGUCAGAACUGCUGGGGCGUUUGGUUGGUUUUUAAUGACCUGGUCGUUUUAUUGCUGUUACAAUUAGUAUAACUUAGUAACUGCCGUGCGGUAGCAGAAAAGAUGGAUAAUAGAAGAAAUUAAUCUGGCACUACAUUGUCUUGGGUGGAUUGGGUGAUUAGGUAGAAGUCACUUUCAGGGGACCAGUGGUUGAUUGUUUCCUUACCACAAGUUUAAAGGUUGCAGAUAUUAAGCAAGAAGUACUUAACUGUGUUCUUGACUAAUGUUUAACCAUCAAGUUUUCUACUGAGAAGUAGUUUUUUUAAGGAUUAGUUACUUGUGUUGAAAUGAGCAUCAUAGUAUAUGUUAACCACUAACUGAAGCUUGAAGGAAACUUUCCUCAGAUCGUUUGGAGUGGUUGUUUUUUUUUUCAUUCCAAAGUUUGCCAUAAUGUUUUACUACCAGAAACAGACAGGAAUCUGGAGUGCUUAAAAAUAUUCACUGCCUGGAAGUGAUUGGUGUCAAAAUAAAGUGAAUUCAUUGGCAAACACUAAAUAAGUACAAGUAGAACCACCUGUCCCUGGGUCGCAGCUAUAUGCACAGACUAUUUUAAUGCAAUGAUAUUUACGCCAAUAUCCCCGUUCCCAGUAAAUUAUUAAAAAGCCAAUAAAAACUACUAUGAUGUCUUGUUCUCCAGCUGAGACAUGGAAGCACAAAAAAGUAAUUCUCAACACUGAGAAGCAAGGCAUCCCAGUAGUCAUUCUGUUGCAUCCUGGGGUGUUCAAGUGCAACUUUGGAGAAGCAACAUGUGAAUCUGAAAGUCUUAAAAGCAGAAAUGCAAGCUGUGGUGUUACAGAGCAAGCAGCAACUCCAUGCCUGUUGUUCAGGCUGCUCAAUAGCUACAGAAGUUACUUCACGUGCAGCAUAGCUAGACAGGGAGUUGGUUUGUGUUUGAUAUCCUUUCCCUUUGCUUCUCCUAAUCCCUGCUGUUUUGUCCCACGCUGUGGCACAGCAGGCGAGUGCCGUGCUCUGUGCAGACGGGGUGAGAUGUGCUGAGCUCCCAGGGCUGCAGGCUGGCACUCGCAGGCUGUGGUGGCCGGCUGUGCCCGUCACCUUUGCUGAGCUGGUGCCUCAGCCUCUGUUAAAUGAGGCACUGGACACAGCACCUUCCCUUAACCACCAGUUUACAUUACAGCACUGAUGGGCUUUGAAAUUGGCGGAAAGUUUAAGGUGCUGGAGAGAUUAAAACCCACAUGCACCUGUGGUUAUUAGAUUUCUCUGAAAACGCAUAAAAACUUUCUUGAAGCUUUGCCUAUCAAUUACCAGUAGUAUUUUAAUGGCAGAAAUAUUUGUGCUAAUUUGUAAUUCUGCCUUUGACUGAUGGUUAAUGAUGGUUACCUGAUGGUGGGUUUCAUUUUCAGUUUUUCCUGUAUUGCCUUCAAAUAAGCAUUAUUACAGUUGGAAAGUUACACCUGCAGGAUUAAAAAUAAUUUAUCAAGAAAACUCCACAAAUUUAGUAAUUCAGGAAUAAUGAAUCAGAUUAAUUUAUUCCAUUCUAAGAAAAAUCAAGGUGGUUUGUUUAUUGCUGCUACUGUUCUGUUUUACCACCUAUUUUGACUGCUGUAAUUAAAAUGGUUCUUCAUCGUCUA